CCUGGCCCCACCCCAUAUGGGAAAGCAUCUGCUACCUAAAGUCAAAUAUACGACAAACAUGAAUUUCUAGUACUAAAAUUAUCCUAAUAAUUAAAAAAAAAUCACGCAUUAAAUAACCCAAAUGCCCCCCAAUAAUUCAUUUCUUUCUUCCAUUUUUCAUUCAAUGCAUUGAAAGACCAAACCCUAAUCAAUUCCAAUCAAAAUCAGAGGUCUGGAAAAGUGGGAAAUUACUUGGAAACUACCAAAAGCCUACCCACCGCCCACCACACAACCACUUCCUCCCAUUUUCAAUUCUCUGUUUUCUUGUUUUUCCCGACUGAAAUUUCCUUCCAUUCACACCUGACACUUUUAGCAGUGUUUUAGGAAGAAAAGAAGAAGAAAGGUUGUCUGCUUCUUCCUCCUUGAUUAUCCCUCUGAGCUGUGUUAAUUUUGUGAAAACAUGGGAAUAGCUGCUUUAUUUGUGUUUCUUUCUUUUUUUUGUUUGGUUGCGCUUUUUCAGCGUUGAAUCUAUUUGGGAUCCGACUAUUGCGUUUAGCUCGGGAUUUGGAUGCCGUUUUACCAACGAAAAGUGUAAUCUGGCCCGGAUUGUGUUUUCUUGGUGUUUCGUUGCUUUGAACCGAUUUUUCGUCUUUCCUUGAUUAGAUUAUUGAUGGGUUAUCUUCAUAGAGGCUGUCGGUGCGGAUGAAAAUCAUUUUUUUCUUUUUCAGCCUAAUUGGGGAAAGCUUCCAUUUUUGAACUUUGUUUUUUUUGUUCGUGAGCUUUGCUUUUAAGAAUGCACGCCAUUUUAUAGAAUCCAGAUAAUUUUGAUUGCCUUUGCCUUGUGGGUUUUGGUUCCCUUGAUGAUAUGACGUGCUUUACUCUUCUAAUUAUUUAACUGAUGAUUUGUGCUACCCACCUGGCUGGUGAUGGAUGUAUUUCUUCUACCACCCAACCUACCUAAACCCACUUGAGAAGCAUUUGUUAUUUAUUGGGUCAUUUUGUUGUGGGUUUCUAGAUUGAACAGACGUUUGAUUGUGAUAAGACGGGUUUGUUCGUGCAGGGGACUUCUCACGAAAGGGGUCAUCUUCUUCAGCUGUAGAGUAGGUUAUUAGAAAAUACUGUUCUUUUUUGCUUUGGCACUUGGGUUUUAUUAGAGGGAUAUUUCAGGAGUAUUCAGCUGCUUUGAGGAGGAUGCCGGUUUCUGGGAAUGAAGAGGUUUGCCAAUUGUUUUUUAGAUUCUGUUUUUUUGUUGACCUGGGGCUUUUUAAUGGCUUCGAUGGAAAAUUAGACCAUGUAGCAGCAGCAUUCUUUAUGGGGUUUCUCUGUGUUUGCAGGCUAAAGUUCUUGCUCGGUUGUCUAGUGAUAUUUCUUCUGGGAUUCCUCUCAAGAAAAGGAGGUUCUUGUUGGAUCCUCCUCCCUCUCCUCCCUGUAAUGAACCUCCAGCUGCACUUUUGGGGAUAUCUGAUGGCAAGGUUAAUGAAGAAUCUGGGUCUGAUUUGAAGCUUAAAGAAGAAUUUAGAUCGGAUUCUAAGGAAAAGGAAGGAUCUUGUUCUCAAAAGGAUAAGCAAGAAUAUAAGGCAGACACGCGGAAUACAGAAGCAGCUGGAUCAAAUUUACAGAAUAAAGUUGAAUCACUGCUUGGUUCUAGUGUCACAGAAGAAUCACGUUCAGAUCAAGGGUCUGUGAAUAGUAACGUAACUGAGAAAUAUCCUGGAAAUUCAGAUGUGGGUAAUACUAAUCUUCGGGAAGUCAAGAAAGAAAUAGUUCCUGCUCCAGGUGUUCAUUUGUCUAACUCAGUUAUGAAAAUGUCUGGGCCAAAACUUCUGGAAGUAAGUUCGGAAAGCGGAGCUGGGUUUUUAUCAUUGACUGGAAAAACUGUUGCUUCAGAAGCUCCAAAAAUCACUGGAGCUGCUGUUUUGGUGAGUGUGAAGAAAGAGAUGGAAAGCAAACAAAUGGACGACGGCAAUCCUAAACUCUCUGUAAUUUCAGGUAAUGAUCAAAAUAAAUUGGGAACGAAAGAGUUUCUCGUGUCAGGUUUUGGAUAUCCAAACUUGCAGAGCAAUGUUGAUAGGAGUGUACCUGCUCCUGCUUUGUCCUUGUCAUUAACCAAAGAAGUUGAAAAUAGAAUUGGUGAUGCUAGCCUUACAAGUCACGGUGAAAUUCGGCCUGCUGAUAGAUCAAAUUGGGACUUGAAUACUACAAUGGAUGAUUGGGAGGGAACUGCUCCUGAUGCUGGUUUUCGAUUUGAUGUUCUUGGGUCAACAGAGAAAACAGAUCCAAACAGUGGUAGAGUUUUCUCAGGCUUCUCUCCAGUUGUCAGAUCUUUGAGCGAGAAGGGAAAGCAGGUUAUUCCAACAAGCAUGCCCCGAUCUAGUUUUCCAAAUUCCUGUAGGCAGCUUAUCCCACAUUCUGAAGAUUCACUCCGUUUGACUCUUAGUCCAUCUUUUCAAGAUAAGGAUUAUGGCAGAGUUCUGUCGGGUCUAACAAAGAACGUAGCAGGAGGGGAUGUUGCAUAUCUGCAUAGAGUAGUUGAGGAAUCAUUGAAAAAUAAGAUUUCAUCUGAUAUUAGAGUUGUUAAAUCUGAACCCUCUGAGGAGAAUUCCUCACCUAAUCCUGCUGGAACUUUAAGUGUUUCGACUAAGUUAUUAGAUGCCAGCUCUUUGAAGAAGGAACCUGUUGAUAAGGAAAACAUUCAGGCUCUUAAACUGACAGCUAGCAGCACCCACAAUCUAACUGGACCAAAGUGCAUUAAAGCAGAACCUACAGGUGAAGCUUGUGUGGCUAUUAGUGGAGCACCAGAUUCAACGCGGCAGCAAUUGAUUGUGAAGUUUGGCCACUCCCAAGAGAGUGGUUCCUCUUCUGUUUUAGCAAUGCCUGUAACGCCUCCAAAUCCUUCUCCGUCAAGGCCGCCUGCUUCGUCCGAGUUGUCCAUGAGUGCUGAUAUUUCAAGUCAAUCUGAUCUUUCUGUUCAUACUAAAGAAUGUCAUUUGGGUGUUGAUAUCAUAGCACAAUCUGCUACAGAUAUGAAUCCCAAUCUUCCAAAUUCUGGUAGCCGUGAUGAAGUUCUGACCGGUAGUGAGGUCGGAAACCGAGCCAUAGAGGACAAGAAUGUCGAUGAUUCCAAGACUGAAAGUGUAAAAGAACGUUUGCAAAAUUUGCAUGCAAGCGGAGAAGGUUCGGUGAGUGAUGAAGAGAAACUCAACAUAUCUGCGGAACUAAUGGAAGAAUCAUACGACUCUGAUUAUGAAUCUGAUGGUAAUCAGGUUUCUGCAAGUCGCAUUGAGAAACCAAAUAGAUGUGUGAGAGAUGAUGAAGAAUAUGAAGAUGGUGAGGUUCGGGAAUCUGGAAUGGCCUCUAAGAUUACUGCCAAUGAAAUUAGAGUGAAAAGUGAUAAGCUUGAGUGUAAAACUAAUGAUCCUCAAUCUGGUACCCGCGACGACGUUGACCAAUUCCAACCUGAUAUUAAAGACAAUGAUUUGAAAAUCCAUGAUGAUUCAAAUUCAGGUGAGUUUGCGGAGAAUGUUGGGUUUGUCCCUACUGAAAAUUAUGAUCCGCUUUCUGAUAAAGAUGGUCCUUCACUCAACUUGUCUUUAGAAGAAAAGGCAGAAACGAAUGAAACUGUUGUCCACGAGAAGGAACCAUGUAUUUCUGAUCAAAUAAAUUUGGCGGACAACAGUGGUAAUAAAUCUUCAACAGAGGGCGCUGUGAAAGAUAAAUCUUUUGAAGGUACUAGUUCAGGAUGUAGGAUUGCUAUGACAACUUGCGAGGCCAAAGGUGAAAUAUUUAAAGCAGCAGUUGACACUGCUGAGAAGCCUAGUUCAUCUUUGCAUGUUGAAGCAUCUUCUAAUGAUACUAAUGCUGCAGAAGAUUCAAACCAUGCAGGUAAUCGGGGCCGUAUUAUCAGUUUGCCUCGUGCGUCUGCAAGAUCUCCCUGUAAAACAAAGCAAGUUCCAGAUAAGUUACCAUCAUCACGAAAUGGAAGAGAAAGGUACUACGAUCUAGAUGGGGAAAAAUUUUAUCUGCGAGGAAAUAGAGAUGAAAUGGACACUGAUGGUUUUCACAGAUUUGGUAGAGAAAGGAUCCAAGAUCAGUCAUUUAGGAACUCCAGGGGAAACUAUUCACGGGGAAGAGGAAGGUUUUCUGGUCGCUUCAAUACCUCACGAAGUGAGUGGGGUUCUGGCCGUGACUUUGCCGAGGGAAGUUACAGAGAUGAUUACCGCUUUACCCGUAGCAAACAUGCAGCAGAUAUCUCUGAUGCCAAACUUGAUUGUGAUGAAUAUCUUGUUGCACCUGAUGGUGGUGCUUUAAACACUGGUAGAGGAAGGAAGUCUCUGAAUAACGAUUUGCCUUCAUAUCGUCAUGCAUCUUCAAGAAGGUUUUCCCCUGGUGGUAGAGAGGGCCCUGCUGGUAGGGGUGCUGAAGUGCUUCGCAGGAUGCCAAGGAAUAUCAGCCCUGGAACUCGAAAUAGUGAAAAUGGGAUUGGAUUGGUUGGUCUCCGGCAUGAUGAGAAGUUUGUGAGGGUUCUAUCUGAUGGUGUUAUUGAUCAUCCUUAUACUCGACAACAUAGAAUGUAUGAGGGAGGUGAUAGUCAGUUUAUCCAAGGCAACAGAAACUUCUCUACAUUUCGGAGGGGUGGUUUCCCUCGAGUUCGGUCAAAGUCUCCUGUCGGACGGCAAACACGGUCCCCUGGUUCAUGGGCUUCUCCUAGAAGGAGAUCUCCUGAUGGGUUUAAUCGACUUCCGCACAUAACACAGCGUAGAUCACCAGCGAUGUAUGGCGUGGAGAGGAUGAGAUCCCCCGAUCGUCCUUGUUUCCCUGAACAAAUGGCUGCUAGGAGGCGUAACUCACCGUCUUACAUGGCUCGCCCUUUUAAUGAUUCAAGGGAUGUAGAUUCUGGAAGAGAUCAUGGUCGAAGACCUAUCAACUCGAGUAGACGGAGCCCACCUGAACGAAUCUUUAAUAGAAGCAACAGAAGACUUGAUGAUUUUGAUCCUCCAACUCGGUCAAAUGAUGAUGCUAAUUUCUUUGGGAGGCCAGUAAGUUCCGCCAGAUUUCAUGAGUUCAAUUCAGAUGCCUGUAGUGAUGAGAGAAGAAAGUGUGGUGAGAGGCGAGGGUUGACUCGUCCAUUUGGACCGGCACAAGUAGGUGAUAGUGGUAAUGUCCAUAUCCGGUUUCAAUCAGAUGAUAGCCCUCGGCCGUUGAGAUUUCAUCCUGACAUGGAUACAGAAUUUGCUGGAAGGGGAAUCAAUCAAAGGGACUUUGAUGGGAGAAUGAAGAAUCGUCAAUUGGUUGCUCCACGACGAAUUCGUGAAAUCGAUGAUCAAGAAGGAAGUUACAGACAUACUACUGGGCAGGUCUGGCAAGAUGAUGCCUUUAAUGAAGAGUCUGGAUUUAAAAGAAGAAGAUAUUAGUAAACGUGAUUUGCGCCACUACGCUUUGCAUAUGAUAAGCCGAUCCAUACUUUGAUAAAAUCUAAGUUGUGAGGUCUGGUAAACGAACAAUACUAAACUUGAAACUUCCUGGUUCCGAAAGUGGAAAUGGAAGUCAUGCUCUUAUCUCACUGGUGGGUACUGUGUAUUGUAUGCCAAGGUAAUGGCUGUCUGUCACUUCCAUCAUAACAUAUACCCUCACAAGGAUUCAGUCCUUGGAAAUGAUAUAUACCUGGUGCUUUGAGUUGACCAGGAUUCCUAAAAGUAGGACCUGAUUCAGAUUGAUCCUACUUCAUUUGGCCAUAAAUUUGACGGGAAGUUAAUCAUGUGUUUGCCCUUUGGUUCCGAUCAUCCGAUGGGAUCGAUCACCUGUCCAGUACAACUUUGUCCAUCACUGUCCCAAGUGCCAAUGUCGAUGUUGUAGCCUCUUUUUUUUUUUUUUGCAUUUCAAAGAUAUCUAGUCUGCGAAGGCAGAAUAUGGGUAAUCUGUUCUGUUCCCUUCUGAGAAAGGCAGAGAGAGCUGCUAGCUGUUUUCAACGCACCAUAAUGCAGCAGCAGUAGUCUUUUGGUUAGAGAAGCUAAUUUUUGCAUCCUAACAAAAGCAUAUCUGUACAUACAUGGUUUAUCAAACCAUUGGAAAUGAACCAACCCAGAGAAUCCUAUCACAGUAUCACUAGUGUAUAUCGUAAAUAGUAUAACCGACUUUGAUCUUCUUUGAGGAGAACAUCGUAAAGGGAUCUUGAAUAAGGUUUAAUGCGUGUUUCAACUUGGAAUGAUCCGUUUGCUUUUUGUUCAUUAUCAUGCUAUCAACUUAUUAGAUGGCUCAGUUUGAUAGUCAGAGUUCUGACCGUAAAGUAGAAAUUAGGAGUAUUUUAGACUCACUUGAUUAACUGUAAAUGCUCAAAACUCACAGUAAUAACAAUCAAUCUCCCGACACUCACUAAUAUUAUCGGAGGCUAAUCGAUAAUAUUUUCGUCCAUUCUGGCCAAUCAAUAGUUUCAGUGACAUGUGUUAUUAUCUCAUUGGAUAGUCAUUAAACAGUAAAAAAAAUUAACUGUUAAUUCAUCUAAAUAACCACCAUUAACUCUGGAAAAAAAAUUACUAAUUGUCGAAAAGA